AAGUAGUUGAGGCAGGUACUAUUGCAAUAUUUAAAAUGCAUUUGGACAGGUACAUGGAUAAGAAAUGUUAAGCGGAAUAUGGGGCAAAUGCAGCAGUGACUCUGGCCAAGAGAAAGAGCAGAACAAAGUUCAGCUUGAUGACUUCCAGAAGCAGAUGAUCAAGGAACAUCAGGAAGCGGUGGCAUGUGCAGAAGCACACGCUGACAAAAUAAAUGUGAUCAAAGAGCGAGAUAGAAGGAAACGGAUUAAAAUUAGCUGCGAUCAGCUUCGUGAUUUGCUGCCCAAGUUUGAGGGACGAAGAAAUGAUAUGGCAUCGGUGCUGGAGAUGACCGUGAAAUACCUGGAGCUUGUCCAACUUCUUGUCCCCCUACAGCAACAAUCUAGAACCUUGUCUUUGCCCGAGAGUCUGUAUGGAAAAUGGCAAAAACCCACAAAGAAUGGACCAACAUUCUUGUAUUCUGCACAAGACGGAGACAAGACGAGGGGACAGAGAAAGUCCUUCUCUAAUGGGGAAAAGGCCAUACAGAUCUCAAUGGGCAAAAAGCCAGGCUUGGCUGGAGGUGUUGGCAUUUUCCAGGAUUUGAUGCAACCGAGUGGCCCUCCUGCUUCAGUUUUCCAGAGGGAGGAGCAACUCCAUCAGAUGGCCAGUCCUGCAAUCCAAGGCCAUAUGAUGUCCUUAAAGCCGACAACUUUGAAGAGUUCAGCAUCAACUGUGGAUUCAAAUGGUCCCAACAAAAGUUGGACUUCAGAAGCAAAACCAGCAAUGGAAACAUCAUUGAUCUAUGUACCAGAUCUGGAUACCUUGACAGCUGAAAAUUACCUUGAGAACUGGCCAGAGGUAGAAUUACCUGCAACAACUGAUGGUCAGUGUGCUGAAGAUAUUGCUGAAGAUGAAUUGAACUUUUUGCAAACUUAACAUUGAUUAUUUAUUGUAUAACGACUGACUUCUUAGCUACACAAUGAUAGCUACACGUGGCCUAACAAGCAUUUAAGAUUUUUUUUGCUCAAUGAUUAAUCACUGUAUCAAAUGUAGCCACUGAUUUACAUUAAAUAAAUUUGAAU